CGUCACACACGCACUCACAUUUAUUCAAAUAUUAGUACAACCAGCUGUUAAAUAAUCACUAAUAAUAAUUGAUAAUAUAGUUUUUCUCAUAUUAAUGUACUAUAAUAUUGUACAAAACAAAAGUGCCACAUCCUAUUGUUUUCGUUCCUGUCGCGUUUAUAUUAUUUUAACGUAUAUUUUUCGUAUAUUCGUAAGUGAGCGCAAACUGCCGUAUAGGUACGAAAUAUGUAUUAUUGACUUGUUGCUUAUUGUUACUUAUAUUAUUGGCCGAAUGCUUAACUAUUUGUGUUUGUUCCAGUUCUAUAGCUGAGGUUGAUCUCUUAUGUAGCGUUACAGCUGGCCAGUCCGCUUGCCGGUAUAUCCGUGACUCUCUUAAAGCCCUCAAUUCCUGGACUUAAUAUAAAAUUGACAAUGCAAAAUACAAAGCAAAUACCAGAACCCAGUAAAUGGGAACCAAAAAAGUACGAAUAUAGUAAAUCGUCUUAUGCGGAGAUAUUCAAAGUGUUACAAUCAUUACGCAAAGACGAGUUUUUUUGUGAUAUUAAACUAGAAACAGAUGAUGGAACAAUUAUAUACGGCCAUAAAGUUGUUUUAGCAUCGGCUUGUCAAUAUUUCUAUGCAAUGUUCACAAAUUUUGAAGAAAAGAAUCAAGAUCUCGUUGUGAUGAGACAAUUAGAUUCGUCUGCAUUACAGCUCUUAGUAGACUUUAUGUACUCAGGAGAAAUCCUGGUCACUGAAAAAAAUGUACAGGUUUUGUUACCAGCUUCAAAUCUCUUGCAGUUUCAAGAAGUGAAAGAUGCUUGCUGUGAUUUUUUACAGGCACAACUGUGCCCUACAAACUGUAUUGGUAUAAAUAUGUUAGCUGAUUUACAUAGCUGUACGGAAUUGUUAACAAGUUCAGAAUUAUAUAUUCAUCAACACUUUUCAGAAGUGGUUGAAGGAGUCGAAUUCCUAUCUCUAUCAUCCGAACAAUUAGUAAAAUUUAUCUCUAGUGAUGAAAUUAAAGUUCCAUCUGAAGAAAAAGUAUUUGAAUGUGUUAUUCAAUGGGUAAAACAUGAUUUGGGUUCCAGAAAAUGUAUUUUACCCCAAUUAAUGGGACACGUACGGUUACCAUUAACAUCGAAAAAUUAUAUAUUGAAAAAUGUAAUUAAGGAACCUCUUCUUAAUGAUUGUCUUACAUGUAAAGAUUACGUAAUUGAGGCAUUACAUUUUCAUUUACUUAAUAAUUCAGAUGAGCUGAUCCCUUUUACACAAAUCAGCCGGAUUAAACCUAGAAAGGAUAGUGGUUUUCAUAAAGUAAUUUUUGUUGUCGGCGGAAUUGGGAGUACAGCAAAUAGUAGUACAGAAUGGUAUGACCCAAAAAUCAACCGAUGGCAAAUUGGACCAAAAAUGAUUACACCCCGUCGUGGUGUUGGUCUAGCUGUAGUAAAAAAUAAUUCCGUGUUUGCAGUGGGCGGUUUUCAUUACAAUUCACUUCAUUGUUCUGUUGACUUGCUAGAUUUAUCUUCAGAAUCACCUUGUUGGAAACCAACUGUUGAUAUGUCAGUUGAACGAGGACUUUUAGGUGUAGGUGUAAUAAAUAAUUGUGUAUAUGCCGUUGGCGGUUUUGAUGGUGAGAGUUGUUUAAAUAGUGUAGAAGUUUUCGACUGCGUUACUCAAAAAUGGCGUAUGGUAUCCAGUAUGUCUACUAGAAGAAGUAGUGUUGGUAUUGGAGUACUGAACAAUCUUUUAUAUGCGGUAGGAGGUUAUGAUUCAGAGCAGAGAUUAAACUGUGUUGAAUGUUAUCAUCCCAGUCUUGAUAAAUGGACACCUGUUGCAAAAAUGUCUGUAUGUCGCAGUGCUGUGGGAGUAGGAGUUUUAGAUGGUGUAGUGUAUGCUGUGGGUGGUUAUGAUGGAUCAAAAGUUCAUAGUAGUGUUGAAGCAUACAGACCAAGUACUGGAGAUUGGACUUAUAUUGCAGACAUGCAUCUGUGUAGACAAAAUGCAGGAGUAGUUGCAUUUGAUGGUUUAUUGUAUGUCGUCGGUGGUAGUGACGGAACUUCUACUUUAGAUUCUGUAGAAUUUUACAACCCCGACACCAAUACCUGGACCAUGGUCACGGCGUCAAUGAAUACUGCACGAACUUUUUUAGGAGCAGUAGCCAUUAAUAAGCCACAACAUUUCAAAACUUAAAUAUUUAAAUAUUUUUAUGCAAUAAAAUAUAUUCAUAUUUUCUUAUGUUGUAUGAGAGUACCUUUAUUUUUUUUCUAUUUAUUUUACUGAUAUUGAAUAUUUUAUUAAACGAUUUUUUUAUGAUAUAAUUUGAUAGCUAUUGAUAUGACACCAUAUUUUUAAGCAUCAUAAUAGCAUACGAUACAUAAUUUUCUUUAUAUUAAUAUUUUUCUACAUUAUAUGAUAAUAUAACAUUUUUGUUGUUUUUCUAUUAAUUGUACAGUUUUGAUUGUUUCAUUAACAAAUGUUCUCUAUUCGUCGAUAUUAUGUAAAUUGCAAAUAAUGUUGUCAUUAAAAAUGUAUAAAAUGUUUAAUUUUUAUAGCUAAGGAUAAAAAAUUGAAAACAAAGUUUCUCAUAAGUGUUUAAUACUGAAACCAUAGAAUAUAAAAAAUAUAUACUUAAACACAAUUUUUUUUAUAGAUGUUUUAAGUGUACAUUUUGAUGAAAUUAAGUAUAA